AUGAAAACUAUUUUCUUGAUCGGUGUAAGUGGAUCGGGAAAGACUAGCGUAGGAUUAGAAUUGGCUAAACGCACUGGGCGGGAAUUUAGAGAUGGGGAUGACUUCCAUUCGGCAGAGAACCGGGAAAAAAUGGCUUCAGGAGAACCUCUCGUCGAUGCGGAUAGAGAGCCUUGGUUAAUUAGCAUCAAUCAGUACUGCAAAAAGUUCCAGGGAAACGUUGUGGCUUGUUCAGCGUUAAAAGCAAAAUAUAGAAAUGUUUUAAGACAGGGCUGUAGUUGUUGCUUUGUACAUUUGAAUGUGAAUAGAGAGACUCUGGAAAACCGCUUGAAGAAUCGAGAAAAUCACUUCAUGCCUUGUUCUCUAUUAAACAGCCAAUUUGAGGCUUGGGAAGACACAAAGGAUGAACCUGAUGUUAUCACUGUGGAUUGUACUGAUUAUAAUGUAUUUGAUGUUGCUGAUCGAAUCAUCCAAACGUUGCAAGAAUAA